UCUCUGCUGAUGAGUCACCCAGGCAGAGGAUAGGAAGCUCUCUCUAUAUAAAUAACCACAGUGUCUCAGGCUCUCCUGCAUAGUGUGUGUCUCUCUGUGCUGAUUCCAGUAUCCAGUCAGUCCAUCAGCAUCCAGAGCUGAACAACUCAAUUUGACAAAGAAAAUGACAGCUUUUCCUGUCUUCCUGUUGGGGCUUUUGCUUGGCCUCAGCGAAUCGCUGCUUUCUCCAGAACAGCUGAAAGACAUGUCAGUGCAGGGCAGCAAAUACAUCACCGAACAGUUUGAAAAUGCCAUAAAUGGGGUGAAAAAUAUGAAAGUUCUCAUGGACAACACAGGGAAAGAACACCAGGAGAUUCUGCGCAGUCUGGAGGAAACCAAAAAGAAUAAAGAGGAAGCUCUCAGAAAAGCUUUAGAUUCAGAGCAGCAACUUACGGAGAAGCAGGAGGUUUGCAAUGAGACCAUGCUCGCCUUAUGGGAGGAAUGCAAACCAUGCCUCAAACAGACAUGUGUACGAUUUUACUCUAAAACAUGUAGAAGCGGUUCGGGUCUUGUAGGACGCCAGUUUGAAGAAUUCUUAAACAGAUCUUCUCCGUUUACAAUACUGAUUAAUGGAGAGAAGAUAGACGCACUCACUAAGGAGGAUGAGGAACAGCACAUGACCCUUGAAGAUCUGGAGGAUGGCUAUAGCGUUGUGGAAGACAGCGUGGAUAAGAUCUUUCAGGAUAGCAUCAAAGCUUUUGGACAAAUGAGACAGAUGUUUAAUAGUCCCUUCCAUAGAAGUUUCUUGGAACCUCAAUGGAACCCGUUCCCUAUCCAGCGUUUAGGUUUCCCAUUUUCAGGCUCAGAAAGACGCAGGGAAAGGUCUCUGCAAUUUAACCCAUAUUUUACUGGAAAUUUUGAGUCACUGUUUGAAGCAGCACAGAAAAUGAUGGAGAGAAAUCAUCACUUAGCACAUCAUGGGAUGACGUGGAAUGGAAGCGAAGGAAAUGCUACUGAUGGCAAGAUGGUUUGUCGUGAACUAAGACGCAACUCAGCAGGCUGUCUUAAGCUGCAAGAGAAAUGUGAAAAAUGCAAGGAGAUUCUGGCAAUCGACUGCUCCGGAAUAGAUCCAGUACAACAACAUUUAAAGGACACAUUCAUGGACUCUGUGCGCCUAGCAGAAAAAUUCACCAAACAAUACGAUGAUCAGCUUCAGGAAUUCCGGGACAAGAUGCUCAAUACAACUGGUCUGCUGGAACGUCUUAAUCAGCAGUUUGGGUGGGUGUCGAAGCUUGCCAACAUGACCCAAAAUGAGAAGAACGGAAUAUUCCAAAUUGCUACUGUUUAUUCCAAGACUAAAAGUGGAGAAGAUCCCUCUGACACGAAGGUGACAGUUAAGCUGUUUGACCAUGACCCGUUUACUUUCAUGGUGCCUGGAGAUAUCCCAAUGGAAGAUCCCAAGUUUGGGGAGUUGGUGGCGGCAGAGGCUUUGAAGAGAUAUAAAACAGAAGUGAUUGAGGCCGCCUGACGAGAUAUAAUGGAAUCGCUGUAGCUUUUUAAAGAUCCCCAAUCGAUUUCUGAUUGACCUCCUGGAAUCAAGCGCUGAUCGAUCCCAAGCCUACUACUGUAUCUUACUACUGCCACUACCCGGGCUGUCUGCUGCUUUUAUUAGGGACCAAAUGAGCCUCCGACUAUUAAAGUUGAUGAUGCAUUGUG